AAUAAUAUUUGUUAACGUUUGUGUUAAGGUUAUAUUAGAUUUUGUUUGUAUGAAUGAAAAUGCCUGUUUGUGAGGAGCCAAUGGAAAUCAUUUUUACUGAUGAUGAUCUUCCAUAUGAAGAAGAAAUAUUAAGGAAUCCCUAUUCAGUGAAGCAUUGGCUUCGCUACAUUGAUCAUAAGAAGAGUGCUUCCAAAGAAGCUAUAAAUAUCAUAUAUGAGAGAUCAUUGAAGGAAUUGCCUGGUUCAUAUAAAUUAUGGUACAAUUAUUUGAAACUUCGUCGAAAGCAAAUUAAGACAAGGUGUGUAAUAGAUCCAGCAUACGAGUCUGUAAAUAAUGCGUUUGAGAGAUCUUUAGUGUUUAUGCAUAAGAUGCCCAGAAUUUGGAUGGAUUAUUGUACAUUUUUAACUGAUCAAUGUAAAAUUACACGUACGAGAAAAGUGUUUGAUAGGGCUCUACGGGCGCUUCCAAUAACACAGCACCAUAGAAUAUGGCCAUUGUAUUUGAAGUUCGUACAAAAACAUGACAUUCCUGAAACAGCGGUUAGAAUAUUUAGGAGGUAUUUGAAAUUGUGCCCUGAAAAUGCUGAACAAUAUGUGGAAUACCUGACAAAGAUAAAUAGAUUGGAUGAAUCAGCUCAAACAUUAGCCAAGAUAGUUAACAAUGAACAUUUUGUAUCUCAAGAAGGUAAAUCCAAUCAUCAACUGUGGAAUGAACUGUGCGAAUUGAUUUCAAAGAAUCCGCGUAAAGUAAGAUCCUUGAAUGUAGAUGCCAUUAUUAGAGGUGGGCUAAGGAGAUACACUGAUCAAUUGGGACAUUUAUGGAAUUCUUUAGCAGAUUAUUAUGUUAGAAGUGGUUUAUUUGAUAGAGCAAGAGACAUAUACGAAGAAGCAAUCCAGACAGUUACAACAGUUAGAGAUUUUACUCAAGUAUUUGAUGCGUAUGCACAAUUUGAAGAGAUAAGUUUAAACAAGAGAAAUGAGGAAAUUUGUAAAAUCAAGAAUCCAACUGAAGAAGAUGAAGUAGAUUUGGAAUUGAGAUUGGCCAGAUUUGAGAACUUAAUGGAGAGGAGACUUUUAUUGUUGAAUUCUGUGUUGCUUAGGCAGAACCCACACAAUGUGCAGGAAUGGCACAACAGAGUGAAAUUGUAUGAAGGAAAUCCGCAUGAAAUUAUUAAUACGUACACGGAAGCUGUCCAAACUGUUAAAGCGAAAUUGGCAGUUGGUAAAUUGCACACGUUGUGGGUGGAAUUUGCAAAAUUUUAUGAAACCAAUAAACAGAUAGAAGAUGCGCGCUUGAUUUUUGAAAAGGGCACUCAAGUGGAGUAUCUGAAAGUUGAUGAUUUAGCUGCUGUUUGGUGUGAAUGGACUGAAAUGGAAAUCAGAAGUGAAAAUUAUGAAGGCGCUCUGAAAUUAAUGCACAAAGCCACAGUUAUUCCUUCACGUAAAGUUCACUAUCACGACGACAAAGAAACUGUGCAAGCAAGGUUAUACAAGUCUCUCAAAGUUUGGUCUCUCUAUGCUGAUUUAGAAGAAAGCUUUGGAACAUUUAAAUCUUGUAAAGCGGUGUACGAUAGAAUCAUCGAUUUGAGGAUCGCCACACCUCAAAUUAUCAUUAAUUAUGGUCUUUUCCUUGAAGAAAAUAAUUACUUUGAAGAGGCUUUCAGGGCAUACGAAAAAGGAAUAUCGUUGUUCAAAUGGCCAAAUGUAUAUGACAUUUGGAACACGUAUUUGCAUAAGUUUUUGAAACGAUAUGGCGGAACGAAACUGGAGAGAGCCAGGGAUUUGUUCGAACAGUGUUUGGAGAAUUGCCCCGCCAAAUUCGUUAAACCUUUAUAUCUGUUGUACGCGAAAUUGGAAGAGGAGCAUGGAAUGGCGAGACACGCUAUGGCCGUUUACGAAAGGGCAACAGGCGCCGUCCUUCCAGAAGAAAUGUUUGAAAUCUUCAAUAUUUACAUAAAACGUGCUGCCGAAAUUUACGGCGUUCCAAAGACAAGACAAAUUUAUGAGAAAGCCAUCGAAGUUCUGCAAGAAGAUAAGACGAGGGAGAUGUGCUUGAGGUUUUCGGAAAUGGAAACGAAAUUGGGUGAAAUCGAUCGCGCGAGAGCGAUUUACGCGCAUUGCAGUCAAAUAUGCGACCCUCGCGUUACCGCCGAAUUUUGGCAGGUCUGGAAAGAGUUUGAAGUGCGGCAUGGAAAUGAAGACACUAUGAGAGAAAUGUUGAGGAUCAAACGUAGUGUACAAGCCAUGUACAAUACUCAAGUAAAUAUGAUGUCUGCACAAAUGUUGAAUACGGCUGGAAGUACGGGCACUGUCGCUGAUUUAGCACCAGGUGUAAAGGAUGGAAUGAGACUGUUGGAGGCGAAAGCAGUUGAAAUGUCUGGCGUUAAAGGUGGAAAUAUUAUGUUCGUCAGAGGGGAGACGCAAGGAGAGAGCAGAGGAGAAAAGGAAAGAGUUACUAAUCCUGAUGAAAUUAAUAUCGAUGAUGAUGAUGAAGACGACGACGAUGAUGCAGAAGAUGAUGAUGAUGAUAAUGUCCCCAUUACCAAACAGGCAAUACCAAGUGAGGUGUUCUGCGGUUUAAAACCCGACGAUGAAGAUGAUUAAAUGUAAUUUAAAUAAACGUAAUCAAAUGGAAAUAUAUU